AUGGCACUUCUCCAGAUUGGCAGAGUGGGUGGGUCUGACUAUCUCGUGCCUCCGUGGAUGUUGCAGACUGUAGCACCCUCUGAGGCGAAGCAUCAUCCUUAUCAUGAGCGGAUGCAAAGGCGUUGGAUGACGGCGGCCUCCAGGAACAGUGGCAUUACUGAUGACGCAGGCACACAGCAAGCCAUCGAGAGCAUUUUGGCAGGCUGGUCACCAAGCCCAGCGACUGCCGCAGUCCCAAAGCACAGCGACUGCCCGAAACCCGACGCGUUUGAGUAA